AUGGCGAUAUCGCGACAGGGCCAAGGUGCUUCUCGGAGCCCUUUUUCCGCGCUCGCAGACAACCCUUUCACACAGCCCAGCCAGCAGCGGGAGGAGGAGGGAUGUGGAGGGACUUUCCCGACGGGAUCAACCGCCACCGCGGCGCCCGCGCUCAACGGGCACGGCCCGGCCGCGGCCAAGCAGCCCUCGCAGCAGCCUAAGGGCAUCAUGGGGAUGUUCGCAGCAAAAGCGGCCGCCAAACCCCCCAGCACGACGAAGGAACCGAAAGCAGAGGCGAAGGAGGCCCCGGGUGGUCUGUGUCCAGAAAGAGAUUUCAAGGUGGAAUGUGGUGGAUUUUCGAACCGCCCCGUGUACAGCCUGAAGCACGUGCCAGACACCAGCUUGUUGGUGACAAGUGGCCCCCCAGACAGCUCCCUCCAGGUGUGGCAGGUGUCAGCAGAGGACUCUGAUGUUAUUAAAUCCGUAAGUGCCAUUUCUACCGAAAAUGGCACCGGACAACCUUGGGCUAAAAUUGCAGCAACUUCCAGCCGAGCCCCGUGGGUUCUUCAUGGCUCAAGGCUCAACAACGUCCAGAUUACAGAGGUGGAAUCCAAGAAAAACGUCUACGUAUCAGGCUCCCGGAGCAGCGAGGAGCUCAGCGCUGUGGCCUUCCUGGACUGCAACACGCUGCUCGUGUGCUGCUCCAAGGGGCAGCUGUGCCUGGCAGACACGCGGCAGCCGCAGGGCCCCUUGGAGGCUGCGCCGGGGCCCGCGGGCGGCCAACGCUGGUGCAUGGGGGUCGGGCACGGACCCCCCAACUCCCAGCCCGUGGCUCGCCUCUCGAGCGGGGGGCAGCUCGCCCUGACGGACCUGAGGAAGGUCUCGGAGCCCGUGGCCUGCGCCAGGUGCAGCGUUUCCUCCCCCGGCUCGAGCGCGGAGUUCCUGGCCGUCUCGUGGGCUCCUGCGCUGGAAGGCUGCAUUGCUGUUUCAGGUUUUGACGGGACCGUUCACGUGUACGAGACGCGGAGCUGGGAUGGCUCCGGCAGGGAAGCAGAGCCGCUCUUUGUCCACAAAGGCCACGCGUUUGGCGGACUGGACGCCGGCGAAGGCCCUCCCGUGGUCACAGCGCACACGUGGCACCUGCAGAAACCAAGAACUUUGUUGUCAGCAGCAAGCGAUGGCUCCCUGCACAUUUGGGACUGGGUUCCGCCUCGCGGGAGCUGUGGGUAGAUGAAAUUCGGGGUGAGUCUCGGUGCGUUU